AUGGGUCCAACGCAAUUGGACGCCAGUGGGCAGAACUCUGAGAGCGAGAAGCCUACUCAUGUAGAGACUGAACAUGCCGCCGGCACUUAUCAUGAGAAGAACGCCUUUCAGGCUCACGCGGAUGAGUCGGGUGAGGGCCAAGAUGCAAAGAUGACAAAACGACGAUUCAUGGCCCUCGUUUCGCAAGCCUUCCUCUGGACAGGCUCCCAGAUCCCAGUUUACCUAUUCGGAGGUGUCCCACCAUACAUCUACGCUGAUAUCGGAGGCCACGAUCGCUGGACCUGGUUCGUUCUAGCUAAUCUACUCUCGCUAGCAGCUGUUUGUCCGUUCGUGGGAUCUCUAUCGGAUAUGUUCGGUCGUCGAUACGUUGCACUCUCCGGCGCGUCGUUUAUCGUCCUUGGAAUGAUUGUUUGUUCUACCGCUCACAAUAUGAAUGUCUUUAUCGGUGGCAUGGUCUUGGCGGGCGUGGGAGCAGGUAUCAACGAACUCACCGCCCUAGCAGCAACGUCUGAGAUGGCACCGACUGCCCAGCGCGGCAAAUACGUCUCCAUCCUGAUCUUCACAAUCGUGCCGUUCUGCCCCUCUGUUCUCUGGGCACAGCUCAUCGCCGCACACUCAACAUGGCGAUACAUCGGGCUCUUCUGUGCUCUCUGGGCCUUUGUCGGUCUUGUCUUGACAGCGUUGUUUUACUUCCCACCACCUCGUGUCAACUCAGAAGGCCUGACACGAGGGGAAAUCCUGAAGCGCAUUGAUUUCGUCGGUGGUUUCCUCAGCAUUGCUGGUAUGAUCUUGUUCAUGGCUGGUUUGCAGUGGGGUGGAUAUAUGUAUCCUUGGAAGUCAGCCCAUGUCCUUGUUCCUUUGAUUCUUGGAGUAGCUUUGGUAGUCGCCUUUGUCGUCUGGGAGGGCUUCUUUGCGCCGUACCCCAUGUUCCCUCGUCGUAUCAACCAGGCACCGAGGAUUCUUACCCUGACACUCAUCAUCACCUUCAUCUCUGGCGCCAACUUCUUUUCCAUCCUCAUGUUUUGGCCUACGCAGGCUUUCAACGUGUACGGUCAUGACCCCGUACAAGUUGGUAUCCGAGGUAUUCCUGUUGGCUUCAGCAUCAUGGCUGGUGCGUGCAUUGUACUCUGGCUUCUAUCUGUGUUUAGGGGUGCAAACAGAUCACUCAUGGUUAUCUCGAGUAUCCUUAUGACGGCUGGAUGUGGCGCCAUGUCUGUUGCAAGACCCGACAACAUGUCCACUCUAUGGGGGAUUCUCGUCCUGGCUGGUCUGGGUAUCGGAGGAAUCGUCGUCCCAGCCAGUAUCAUCACAACAAUCAUCUGCCCCGACGAUCUCAUCGCGACCAUCGCAGCGCUUACUCUGAGCAUCCGUGUCAUUGGCGGUAGCAUUGGCUACACCAUUUACUACAAUGUCCUCGUGGCCAAGUUCACACCAGCUGCUAUUCACUACAUCGGUGGAGCGAUGGUGAAGUAUGGCAACAUCACGUCAACUGAAGUCAUAGGGGAGGUCAUCGGGCUGACUAGUAUCUCUUUGCUGGAUGAGAUUGCUGAGGUACCAGGUAUCAAGGGAAAUGAGGCGUUGUAUAAGAUUGUGAUCCAGGCUGGCCAGAUUGCUUACGCUGAGGCAUACAAAUGGGUGUACUAUGUGAGCAUUGCUUUUGGUGCGGUUUCUGUCCUUGCUUCUCUUUUCUUGGGAGAUAUUGGGAAGUACAUGGAUGAUCACGUCGCUGUGGUGAUGUAA